ACAAAUUAUUUAUCCACAGCCCGCUCCGCUGCUGAAGGGAUAGAGAUAAGCUUUCAUAAUGAGAUUUACUUCCACGAAUAUGCAUGCUAGAAAGAUGCUAUUUGCUGCUAUUCCAUCUAUUUGUGCAUUAAGUUCGAAGAAGAUCUCAAUCUAUAAUGAAGAAAUGAUAGUAGCUCGUUGUUUUAUAGGCUUUAUCAUAUUGAGUCGUAAGAGUUUAGGCAAUACUUUCAAAGUGACUCUCGACGGUAGAAUCCAGGCUAUUCAGGAAGAAUCGCAGCGGAAGAAAAGAGCACUUUUCAUCAAAUUGACUUUCUUUUUGAUGUUAGUUGUACUUUUCUUUCUCUUUAGCUGGUGGGCCCAGGAGUGGGAGUUCUUUGGGAUGGUAUCCACACGAGUAGGGCGGGCUCUUUUUAUUAAAGGUGUAAGCUCCUUAAUGCCCGAAGUGUGGAUAAGUUGCGGAGCCAGUUUCGUUGCUUCGGCGCUAGGUGGGUCUCUUAUCUCUUGCAUGGAGGGGGGAGUACCUCUGCCGGCCGGGACGUCUGGCGCAGGAAGCUCCGGCGCAGGGGGGAUGGGAGAACUCACUGGCAUGAAUGCCCCUGCUUCAUCGAGUGGGAUACGACCCCCCUUUGAUCUUAACAUGGCUCCGGACCCGGAGCCGGAACCUUCCUCUUCACCCGGCCUCAAAAAUCGAAUUAUCGAGGCGGAGUUAGAAGAGGCCCAGAAAGAACUUCGCUUCUGGGAAGAGAAAGGAAGGCACUAUUUUAAGGAGGAGGCCCGCCUCUAUCGUGCCGGGCUGGAGGGAGAGAAGAUGGAAAAAGAAUUCUAUUCUCUCGGGGUCGAGAAUCUCCGCCUGGAGCAUAGGCGGCUGCUUUCACUAAUCGCAUCGCGUCGGGGCUAGCGCGCUUUUCAAGCGCUUAGCUUCGGGGCGGCAAGGCGUUCCGUUGGAAGCCUAGGCGUACGGUGGAGAUUGGUUGAAGAUGAUGUUACGCGGCGUUCAGAACCAGCCUUGAAGUGAAUGAAUUAGAAAGAACGAAGGACAAUUAUGCCAUUAGGAAGAAGUCUUCUACAGAGGGAAAGCCUGUUACGAGUAAGUGGAGAGGAAAGCUCUCCAGAGAUUCUUAUCUCAUUCCAUUCCAGUGGCUCGACCAGUAACCAAUGGCGAAAACUAAAAAAUCCAUGGUUUCCCGGUAGAACCCCAUUUCGCCCAAGUUGUUGCGAAACCGGAAAAAAGAAGCGGUUUUUCGCACAGCUUGCUCAUAGUGCAGGUCCCACUUGUAUAUCGUAUUUGGCCGAAGAAGCAUCGGACAGGUUGGAGUUCUUACCUUCUUGGGACUCCGUGGACCAAGAUCUGCUUUCAUUAUAUGGGCAAUACCGAUCUACUUUAGUAGAUCAUAUGGAUGUAGAAAAAGCUUAUGAUUUUGAUGAAAUGGAAACAUCUCUUUUCCAUUUCUAUUUCCCUAGUUCAUAUCUUUGUUUCGUGUGUUCCCGGGAGUAAUUCGAUCUCUUCAAUCUCGGGAUACCACCUAAAUAACUGCGGCCAGAGAGUAAAAUAGGUCGGGAAGAAAGAGUCUGAGGUUGGGUCGGACGACAUACAUCUUGGAAGGAAGGUUCAUUCUUUAAAUCCGAUGGUUACUUUUGUUCCACUGCUAUCGAAAAGCUUGGACAUAGUGCAACAAGAAGAGAAUUAGCAGAAUAGGAUAAAGAAUUUUCCUUCAAAAGAAGGGCAGUGUGAAAGGAAUAGCGUUGAAUCUUGAGAAUGAGAAUGUACGUAGUAAGUAUUACCAUUCUCCGGGGCGAAAGUUGUUCUUCUCCUCGGGGCUUUACUUGUAUAUUUAUUACGAAAAGUUGCCGGAAGCGGAAGAGUUUGCCAGGAUGGCUUGGUAAGCAAGCAACCAGUUAUGUAGGCGCCAACUCCCGGUUCUUUCUCUUCUUUCUUUUUUUUUGUCCUAUACG